AAACCAUUUGAUCACCAUUUGUUAAUCCGUUUGGAUUGUGUAUUACAAUUUGUUAAUUUGAUGAGAAAAUCAAAAUCAAAAACGUGAAAAUUGAUCAAUUUUUUUUAGUUAAAAAACUGAUUUGAUUUGUUGCUCGUGUUGUUGAUUAGUUGAUGUAAUUCAAAUUGUGUGUUAAUCAUGACGGAUUUUAAACAAUUAAGAUUAACACCUAAUUCAUUUCUCGUUGAAGCAACUAUUUUGUUAAUUUUGUGUCGUCUAAUUGUGUCAUAUCCAAUUGCUAUUGAUCCACUUCCAGAUAAACCAUUUUCUGGAUCAACAGGUUAUUUAUUUAAUCAUGAAAAUCUUAAUUUAAAUAAUAUCAAAUCAACUAAUUAUCGUCGUCAAAGUUUAGAGGAUCUGUUGAGUGGCGGUGGCGGUGGUGGUGGUGGCUCAUCUAAUGCAGAUUCUGAUGAUGAUGAGGAGGAUGAUUCACCUUCCCCACCAGGAGGGAUUUCCGCUUCCGAUGAUAGUGCUUUACUCAACAGUGCUUUACUUGCUGGUAUUCAAGGUGCAGGCGGUGGUGGUCCAAUCUUGGCAGGAGAUGGUGGCGGCGGUGGUAAUGGUGUUAGUGGAGGUGGUGAAAGUGGCGGUGAGAGUGCAGGAAGUGGUGGUGGAGGUGGAGGAGGUAAUAGUAACAGUGGUAAAGGCGAUGGAAACUCGAGUUCAUCAAGUAGUUCAAGUAGUGAAAGUGAAAAAUCAGAAGAAUCUGAUUCGUCCUCGGGGCGGCCCAAAGGUCCAGUGGCUCGAGCGGUGGCCAAUGUAAGAAAAUUUCGUGAAAGGACAAACGAUUUUGUCGCUGAUGUGAGAAAACGUUUCGUCGAUUGGCUUGAUGGUUACGCUGGUUCUUCCGAUAGUUCAUCAAAUAAUAACAACGAUUCCAAUAAUAAUGGUGACUCAUCUAAUAGUGAUUCUUAUAAUGAUGAAGAUGAAUCAACAAACAAUUAAGAAAAUACACAAAAACAAUUGAAAUCAACAAACACUUUUCGAAAACAAAUACAUAACCAAGAUGCCAAAAAUUUUCAUCUCUAACGGAUCUGUUUUGAUAAUCAUCUCCAAUUCAAUCAUAAUCAUCAUAACUUUUUUUGCUUCAUCAUCAACAAUCAUCAAACAAUCAACAACAAUCAACAACAAUCAUCCACCUUUCACCAACUAUUCAUCUCUAUCCAUAACCUUUCAAGUUAAUUUAAUCAAUUAAUUGCUCUUACAAUUUUAUGAGAAGAUAAUAUUUUACAAUCACAACAAUUUAACCUUGAUUGUUACCGGUGUAUAAUGAUUAACUAAUUUUUUUUGUUCAUUCCUCUGUUAAAUCAACUAUUUUUCAAUA